AUGAUUGGAGAAUCUCAUCUACAAAAUGCAAAUUUUUAUAAUCUAUACGGGCCCGCUGAAACAACAUUGACCUCGAUCUAUCGCAAAGUCUCUAUUGGUGAGAUUGAGCAAGGAACGGUUGCGAUUGGCAUUCCAUUUGCAAAUGUACAAAUACAACUGACUGAUAUAUUUGAUCAAAGUGUUAUGCUUGGGCAAGAAGGGGAAUUGCUUAUAGGUGGUCAUGGUGUUUUUGCUGGUUACCUAGGACGCGAUGAUUUAAAUCAAAAGGCACUAGUUAACAUCAAUGGGAAACAGUUUUAUCGAACGGGUGAUCUGGCUCGCAUGAAUAGUGAAGGUUUGCUUUAUUAUCUCGGCCGAAAGGAUCAUCAAAUAAAAUUACAUGGACAACGCAUUGAACUUGGCGAGAUCGAACGAUGUCUGCUUAAUAUUACAUCUAUUUCAGCGUGUGUUGUGAUGAAAUGGGGCGAAGAUCGCAUAGUUGCUUACCUUCAACGCUGUUCUCCUAUAUACGAAAAAGAAAUACGAGAACAUUGCCAAUUAUAUUUACCACUACAUAUGAUCCCAUCGUUCUUUGUUAUUCUGGAUAAAUUACCUCUAAAUUUAAAUGGGAAAAUAGAUCGUAAGCAACUUCCUCCGCCUGUUUUUUCAUCAGCACUGCAUGAGUCUGAUGAUAACGUACCGCAAACUAGUUUGGAACAACAAAUACAAGAGAUUUUCUGUCAGGCUUUCAGUGUCGAGAAUCCUGCUCUUGAUAUUCCUUUGAAUAGACUUGGUGGUACGUCAUUGAAUAUUAUAAUGGUACUCACACUGCUUCGCCGGAAAGUAUACGACAAAGUUGAUAUUACAUUUCUGCUUUCAAAUCCAUCUAUUCGACAGCUGACGAAAGCGAUAGAAUCUUUGCUUAAAGAAUCACGAGAGACAAAUAUCAUCGAUAAUGAUGAUCAUAAAUUACCAGUCCAUAGCCGAUCAUCACUUUUCAUAGAAUCUGUUGGAGUUCUAUUUCUUAUGUGCCAAUGGCUAUGGCCGGUCAUGAUGAAUAGUACAUGGUGGCCAUUUUGUUUCUCAGUUAUGCCAAUAAUUCAUCUUAUAGUCUACGUUAUAUGUUCACGUUUAUUUUCGUUUUACACCAAUGAAAAUGAGCUAAUAUUUUCUUGGAAUUAUUAUCGAUGGUGGUUUUUAGACCGAUUGUGGCAUGUUAACACAUUUUGGUUACAACAUUUGAUUGGUACGCCGCUUUAUAAUAGUUAUCUACGCCUUUGUGGUGCACAUAUUGGUGAAGAUGCACACAUCUAUACUACAACUAUCGAUGCUCCGUGGUUACUAGAUAUUGGUAACGCAACAUGGAUUGCUGACCAAACAUUUCUGAAUUGUUUAUACUAUAAUGAUAAUAACACUUUCACACUAUAUCCAAUUAAAAUUGGAUCUAACUGUUCAAUUAGCACGAGAUCAAUUCUAUUUAAUAAGGUAACUAUGGAGGAUAAUAUUAUUGUUCAACCAAUGUCAACAGUUACUGGUUUUAUCAAAUGUCAAACAAUUAUCGAUGGUGAAGACCAUAAACUGUCUUCACAAAAUUUUUCAAAUAGUCUUAAUAACAGAAUAUUAUCAAUAUGGCAUAAAACGUUUCAAAUUACUUCACUUUUAUUAUUGAUAUGCAUUCACUGUUUACUUUUAACUGUUGUCUGUAAAAUUUAUACAUUUAUACCAGUCUCAUUAUCUAUUAAUAUAGCUUUCUGUUGGGUAUUAUGGUCGAUUCUUGCUUGUCUUAUCUCUUUAAUUUUACUGAAAUAUAUAGUCGGUUCUUGCACUGCGGGUGAUACAUAUUCCAUUGCGUCAUGGUCGUACUUGCAUAAGUUAUGGCUUCGACAACUGAUUGUAUCAAGUUUUCACCAUGCUUGGUUACUACCAUCUGCUUAUGAUCACAUUUUCCCUAUAAUACUUCGUUGGCUAGGUGCUCAUGUUGGACAUAAUGUGAAACUAGCGGAGAUAGAUACAUUUUUAUCUUAUCCAACUAAUCUUUUACAUCUUGAAACAGGGGUCACUACUUUUGGCUCAGUGUUAUUAGUUCCUACGGAAUUAACAUUCGAAGGCGAUCAUCGUGUAGACUGGAUCAAACUUGGACUUGAUACAAACCUUGGUAAUGGAUGUUCAGUUUUACCUGGUAGUCACCUUGCAUCUCAAAUAAUGGUUGGUAAUUUAACACGCUUCUCUAGGAAAAUAUCUAGUAAUGAUGGAGAUACUUUCAUUGGUAUCUCUGCUCGCCGUAUGCCAUUUGAAAAGCCUAAAACAUCAGCGGAAACAGAUCAAAUUAAGAUUGUUCCAAUUUGGCAAACAUGCUUGUUUGCUUUCGUUAGUAAAUGUAUUCUAAUGUCGAUCUACUCAAUAAAUGGUUUCAUUAUUGGACUCAUCAUUCAUACCAUACUUUUUUUUUCGUUCUAUCGGUGCCGUCUAUCGAUAAAUCAUCAAAUAAUUCAACAAGUAAUAACAAAAACAAUGUUAGAUUAUCAACAGUUGAUUUGUCCAUUUUUGUCUAAUACACAAUGGUUAGUUCGUUUAUUCCGUGCAUUGGGUUCAAACAUUGGUGAUAAUGUAAUUUUACCUGACUUUUCUUGCCUGACAGAUUAUCAUAUGGUAACUAUUGGAAAUAAUGUUCGGCUUAAUCAACAUGCGAAUAUUCAAUGUCAUAGCUUCGAGCAACGUAUUCUGAAAUUAGCACCUGUUGUAAUUGGCGACUCAUGUAUAUUAAUGAGUGGCUCAUUUGUAAUGGCCGGUUGUAAAAUAAUGAACAAUAAUCGUCUUCAUCCAUUUACAUUAGUUAUGAAAAAUGAUAUAUUACUCCCAUAUAAUCAAUGGAAAGGAGUUCCUGCACAAUUGAUCGUAUCCCAAUCACGACCAUCUCAGUUUCCAGCAAUUGCUCCUGGCAAUACAGCUAGUUGCCUAGAAAACGACGAUUCAUUAUCUGGAUUGGCUGAAUUCUUCAACUGCGAUCCUAGAAAUAUGGCUAACUCACAAUAA